ACAGAUGCGCAGAGGCUCCUCAAACAGCUCCACGAGCAGCACGAGGUUCAACUCACCGGCGCAUCCCUCUGUGGCUGUUUAAAACAACAACUGUAUACAGUGUUUAUUCGAUUUUGGGGUCAUUUUAAGAGCUGCGAGUGUAGAACCGGCAGACGGACUCGAACACACCGGAGGGAUUAACAGGAUCUGGAGGAUGUGUGGUUUGGACGUGGACUUGGACGACGGCGGUUCGGGCGAGGAGGAGAAAGAAGAGGAGUUCUGGAUCGGCGAGGGCGUGAAGAUGCUGCCCCCUCCUGUGGCCCACAGCGAGGGCAGUGCGUGGGGCAGCCGCAGGGGCCGCUUCGGCUGCCUGGCCUGCGGGGUCGCCCUCCUCCUCUGGGACCUGUGCGUCGUCUUUGCCAGCGUGUUGCUCCUGGCUCUGGUCUUCUUUGUGGUGCUGCUGCCUGCGAUGCUGCUGCUGUACGGCGGUUUCCUGUGCCACUCCCGGGUCCUUGAUGCCCCCUCCGCCAUCUGCCGUUACCUUGACGACAACAGCUGCUCCGCCCUCAUUAUCCUGGGUUUCGUGAUGAUGUCGCCGCUCGUGGUCGUGGCCGCCGCUAUCUUCUGCGGGCUGCUCCGACGGUUCCGACUCCUGCUGCUCAUUCAGCCGAUGUCUCGUGCCCAGUACCGGGGGCGGCUGUCGGACUGGGCGGGCAGCGUCCACGCCUGGGUCUGAUCAGUAAGAAGCGCAAGAUGCCGGCGGGCGGUUGUGCUAACAAAGAGAUACAAAAGGUAGACAAAAAUAACAGGAACACCUCACAAUGAAAUCCAUGUCGACCGAAUUAGCCAAAUGCCAAGUUUUGAAUACAGUUUCUUGCCUUACACUUUUUCACAUUCUUGCUGAGAGUUUGUCCAAUUUUUUGAUAAUGGGGGUUUAUCGGUAAAAAGCGUUUUGGGCAUAAGAGGAUGUUUUUGUUGCACUACAAGGAGUAGCCCGAUAGAAUAUAAUAAAAUCUGUUUUUUUACAUCCAUCGGUUUUGGGUGUGAAGUAAGUUUAGACUGAACAAACAAGGUGUAACUUGGUAAUUACUGAUCUAUAGAGGGGCUGUGAUCUUUAGACGGCUGUUUAGACGGUUUCUCAGCUGUUUUUAAAUGUUAAUGCUAAGCUAAGCUAAUCACCUCUCCCAGAUAGGAGACUUGUGUUGUUCUUUUCAUCGGAAAGAGAGAAAGUCAGCGUGUUUUCCGCAGUGUGUGAACAUUCCAUCAAGUUUUGUGAUGUUGUUGUACUGGAUUGCUUAUUAAAAGGUGUCUUGAUUAUUAUUACCCCCUGUACAUUGAAGGUAAUUAAAUACAAAUAUAUCAAAUUCUUUUCUGUACUCAUUUGAUCCAAAUAAUUAAAACACAUCACGGAAUAGUGCGGUGAAAGUAUUACUCAAAUCAUUUUUGUGAAAUGAAAGACGUGUAGGAUUUUCAUUUCAGUUGUGAUGAUUUCCUUAAUGCAAGCAUUCAACGAAAUUCAGAUACCAAAGUGGUUAUUUUGCCCUGAUUGUUUGCUAACUAUGUUGACGUUGUUACAUGUGGAACUUUCUUAGAAAUAAAUUACUAAAGUUAUUUGUGGUUGUACAAUAUAAGUCUAAAAAAAGGUCAAAACAUUUUUGUUAUGAGUUGUUUAAUGUGGUCCAUUAUUUUGGACUCAAUUUCCCAGCACCUUCAAACACACAGCAGAGUAAAUGAUGUAAUUGGACUUUAAUAUUGUCUGCGAGGUGAAUUAAAGCAACAAGAAUAUUUUUUAUCUGAUGUAGUCUUGUGGGAACAUGGGAAAUAAGUGAAUCAUAAUUCAUUUAAGUGGAUCUUAACCGAUCACAUUCUGGCAGAAUGAAACACUUACCUGCAUCAUAAAAAAGCAGAUGUUGACAGAGUAAUGGCUGUGCAGUGAAAGCCAUGUAAUAAUGUGAGAUUGAAUGAUCAGACUGUAGCUAAUUCAAACUUAAACUCAUCAGUGAUACAGUGAUACUUGAGUCAUAUUUCAUAAGGAGCAGUUAUUACUUUUCCUUUACAGAUGUUAUUUUAAAUGUAUGUUUAAUCCAUUUGUCAAUGUCAGUCCUUUAAUUGAUCUUACAAUUAUUUUUUAUCGGUAAAGAAGCCCUCUUAGUUACAGUAUUUUCAGUGAACUAUGAGGGAAAAGUUUUUUUUCACACCUUAAAUAAUGUUUUGUUAUGAACACAUUUUAUUUUUAUUGUUCAGCUUUCAUUUUCAAUGCCAUUAAAACAAAAAAAAGGUUGUCAUGUUCAGAACAUACAACAAUACAAUAUUUAUUUCUCACUAUUGUGUUGUGACCUGUUGGUCUAAACAUUGACUCUCAUACAUACAUCCUUGCAUAACACAUAAAAACACACUAAGGGACAGCAUGACCUCAAUUUUCCAAUAACCCCCCUGAGAACUUGACUCACUCUUGAGUCUCACAAGUGAGUGAAUAAGCCAAUUACAGGAGGAUUUGUUUCCUGAUGAAGUGGUUUUCUUGCCCUUCCUGAUAAUGUGUGUCGUCCAUUAAACCACCAUAUUGAGA